UCACCUUUGUCACGGAGCCGCGGUCUCCCGUCUCCAUGGGACCGCUGGAGAGCUGGCGGUGGUGACCAGGACACGGAGUGGUUGGAGCAGGAUGGAGAGCUGGCGGCAGGAGAAGGUGGAGCAGAUCCUGUCGGAGUUCCGUCUGAAGGAGGAAGACCUGCGGAAGGUGAUGCACCGCAUGCAGAAGGAGAUGGACCGCGGGCUGAAGCUGGAGACGCACGAGGAGGCGUCGGUCAAAAUGCUGCCCACCUACGUGCGCUCCACGCCGGAGGGGUCGGAGGUCGGGGAUUUCCUCUCGCUGGACCUGGGCGGCACCAACUUCCGCGUCAUGCUGGUGAAGGUGGGCGAGGGCGAGGAGGGGCAGUGGAAGGUGAAGACGAAGCACCAGAUGUACUCCAUCCCUGAGGACGCCAUGACGGGGACGGCCGAAAUGCUCUUCGACUACAUCUCGGAGUGCAUCUCUGACUUCCUGGACAAGCACCAGAUGAAGCACAAAAAGCUGCCCCUGGGCUUCACCUUCUCCUUCCCCGUGCGGCACGAGGACAUCGACAAGGGCAUCCUGCUGAACUGGACCAAGGGCUUCAAGGCCUCGGGAGCGGAGGGGAACAACGUGGUGGGGCUGCUGCGGGACGCCAUCAAACGGCGCGGGGAUUUUGAGAUGGACGUGGUGGCCAUGGUGAACGACACCGUUGCCACCAUGAUCUCCUGCUACUACGAGGACCACCGCUGCGAGGUCGGCAUGAUCGUGGGGACGGGCUGCAACGCCUGCUACAUGGAGGAGAUGCACAACGUGGAGCUGGUGGAGGGCGAUGAGGGCCGCAUGUGUGUGAACACGGAGUGGGGAGCAUUCGGGGCGUCGGGGGAGCUGGACGAGUUCCUGCUGGAGUACGACCGCGUGGUGGACGAGACCUCGCUUAACCCCGGUCAGCAGCUCUACGAGAAGAUCAUCGGGGGAAAAUACAUGGGGGAGAUCGUGCGGCUGGUGCUGCUGCGGCUGGUGGAUGAGAACCUGCUGUUCAGCGGGCAGGCCUGCGAGAAGCUCAAGACGCGCGGAGCCUUCGAGACGCGCUUCGUGUCGCAGGUGGAGAGCGAUUCAGGCGACCGCAAGCAGAUCUACAACAUCCUCACAGCCUUCGGGCUGCUGCCCUCGGGCUCGGACUGCGACAUCGUGCGCAUGGUGUGCGAGAGCGUGUCCACGCGGGCUGCGCAGAUGUGCUCCGCCGGGCUGGCGGGCGUCAUCAACCGCAUGCGGGAGAGCCGCAGCCAGGAGACCCUCAAGAUCACCGUGGGGGUGGACGGCUCUGUGUACAAGCUGCACCCCAGCUUCAAGGACCGUUUCCACGCCACCGUACGACAGCUGACUCCCGGCUGCGACAUCACCUUCAUCCAGUCGGAGGAGGGCAGCGGGCGCGGGGCUGCGCUCAUCUCGGCCGUGGCCUGCAAGAUGGCGUGCAUGAUGGGGCAGUGA